AUGACGCUAGCUGAAAAAGAUAUCUGGGAACUUGAUCUCGAGAAUCAAACGCGGACGGCACUAACCAAGCUCACGAGACAAUAUGAGAAUUCAGGGGGAUUGUUGCUGCGUGCUGUGCUUCGCUGUUACGGACUGGAGCUGGCCAUGUGUGGUUUGGCUUCCAUUGCGUCUGCAGCCUGUGAACUGGCUGCACCAGUAGUGCUGCAUCAUGUGCUUGAAGCCUUUACUGCACCGCAGACGGACUUACACGACUUGUGUAUCUGGUUGGGGCUCUUCUUUGCGUCACGUCUACUGAAUGCUCUACUGUCGGCGCAUUUGGAGUAUUAUGUUCAAAUCAUUGGACUUCGAGCUACGUCGGCCAUUAGAGCGUUUCUGUUUCUAAAGUCUCUUCGCAGUUCUUCCUCCAGCUCCAGCUCUGUCGAGAUUAUGAACCUGUUUACUUCAGACAUGGGUAACAUCACGAUUAUGAUCCAGUACAUCAACUCUACGUGGGUGCUUCCUCUUCAGAUUGGUGCAAUUGUGUACAUGUUGUACUGGGUUAUUGGUCUUGCAGCUUUUGCAGGGCUGGCUUUGAUCGUGCUUUGCUCGCUUCUAGGAAUGAUUGUUGGCAAAAUGGCCGCGGAUCCCACACAAGAAGAGGGUGUUGCUAUCGACGUGCAGAACGGUACAUUGGGAUGGAAUACCGAUACGACGGUUUUAAACGAUGUAAACUUCCAGAUCAAGCGAGGGGAUCUAGCGGUUGUCCAUGGCGCGGUGGGCUCGGGCACGAGUUCGUUGUGCUACGCUCUACUAGGAGAAAUGCAAAGAAUCGACGGACGUGUUUUUGUUCGUGGGAAAGUGGCCUACUACUCACAGCAGCCGUGGAUCCAGAACUUGUCCAUUCGUGACAAUAUUCUGUUUGGACACGAGUUCGAUGAAGCCAAGUAUGGAAAAGUGCUGGAGGCUUGUGGGCUUGUGGCGGAUAUGAAGCACUUUCCAAGUGGAGACUUGACUGAAAUCGGAGAAAAAGGAGUCAACUUGUCUGGUGGCCAGAAAGCUCGUGUUAGCCUGGCUCGCGCUUGCUACGCUGACGCAGACGUGUAUAAACUGGAUUCCCCUUUGGCCGCUGUUGAUGCUGCUGUUCGAAAUGAGAUCUUUGGCAAGUGUAUUUGUGGUUUACUUGGAGACAAGACAGUUCUCCUGGUAACUCAUAGCCGCGAUGUGAUUCGAUCUCCAGCGGUUAACUACAUUGUGAGGGUAGAAGACGGCACUGUGCAUGGAGAACGACUAGCGAACCAGAUCCAUCGCAUGGAUGAGGAGCGACAACAAGGACGAGUUACUAGUGACGUGUUUUGGAUCUACUUCAAAGCGCUAGGCGGGGCGAAAAUGUGUGUGCUGGUGGUCGUAUCGCAGCUACUGUGGCAAGCUUUUCAGAUUGGGAGCGAUUUCUGGUUGAGCCACUGGACAAGUGAAGCUUCUGUUGCCGAUAACGAGACGAAUAUGGAGGUAUACGCUCUUCUAGGUGGAGGAGGGGUAUUAAUGGUAUUGCUACGCUCAGUGUGUGUAGUGUUUGCUGGACUGCGUGGCGCUCGGUACCUCUUUGGCGCUAUGACAGACGCGCUAAUGCACGCUCCAAUGAAAUUCUUCGAUACUAAUCCCAUUGGAAGAAUUGUGAAUCGCUAUACGACGGAUAUUGGCUCGAUCGAUUUUCAGCUGCCUUUGAUCAGCGCUAGUAACCGCAGCCUACGUGGUGAACUUUCUCGGCAUUCUGGUGGUCCCGCUGGCUUGGAUACCGUGAGCGAGAUGUGGUACAUUGUGCGCAUUCAGCUUAUCGGCUGUGCUGUUGUGAUUGGCAUCGUGUCUGCCCUGGUAUAUCUCCGCGACCUCUUGCCUCCUGGAUUCAUAGGGUUGGCCUUCACGUACGCGCUCAACGUUGACGCGGGUCUGGCGAAUAUUGCUCGCCAGUGGUCGUUCGUGGAGCUCAUUAUGGUGAGCCCAGAACGUGUUAUGGAGUACGCGUCAAUUGCCCCAGAAGGUAGCAACAUGCUUGUUGAGAUUGAACCAGCGAUUGAUUGGCCUCUUCGUGGGGUUAUCACCUUUCAGAAUGUCAACUUCAGCUACGAGCGAGGAGAUCUCAUAUUGAAGAAUGUGUCGUUCACGAUCGGGAACAAUGAAAAAGUUGGCAUCGUCGGACGAACAGGGGCUGGUAAAUCUAGCUUGAGCAUGGCGCUUUUUCGGAUCAACGAGUUAGUGUCCGGGCAGAUUUGCAUCGAUGGAAUUGACAUCUCCACGAUUUCGGUACGGAAGCUUCGAGCUGGGAUGUCAAUUAUUCCUCAGGUACCAGUUUUAUUCAAUGAGCCUCUUAGAGACUACCUCGACCCUUUUGACCAGCUCACGGAUGAAGCUAUUUGGGUGGCCAUCGAUAAGGUUGGUAUGAAAUCAAAGAUUAGAAAUAUCGAGAACCAGCUGGAGUUCGAGUUGGGCGAGAACGCAGGCACCUUUAGCGUCGGAGAGCGGCAAUUACUGUGUUUAGCUCGAGCGGUGUUAAAAUGCAGUCGGAUUGUGGUGAUGGAUGAAGCAACUUCCUCAAUUGAUCAUGACACCGAGCAAAACUUGCAGAAGAUGCUGCGUCAGAACUUACAAGACACUACGACCGAGUCAUGGUACUCAGCCAAGGCACUGUCGUAG